CAGGCGAGAGGAGUGUUUGGACAAGACGAUUGUUAUGCUUGUGGCGAGUCUAUGUACAAAUUCAACAACUCCUGCUACCAAUUUAACACAACUGGAACAGAUAUAUGGACCGCCAAAACAAACUGCGAGGUGGUCGGCUUCCAUCUAGUGUAUAUUGAAACGAAACAGGAACAGGACUUUCUGGUAUCUACUGGUAACAUCGUUCGUCCUUCAAGUGACUUCUGGAUUGGAAUCGAAAAGACGACAGGAGGAGAGUGGGUAUGGAUGGAUGGCACAGUGAUUACCUACUCUAAUUUCGGUCUUAUCACUAGAGGUGGCGAGUGCUUUCGGCUUAGGAGACGGAAAGACUACAUAUGGGCAGACCGUGAAUGCAAUGACACCAGGAUUGGAUAUAUAUGUGAGAAAGAACAAGGUUGUGAUAGCGAAAUGACAACCCAAUCACCUGUGACUCAUUUUGCUUCAAAGACAACAUCGUCCGUUUCUGGUAUGUCAGUCCUGCCAUUACCUACAUCUACCACGAUGACUGCAAGUACUACAGAGGAAAAGACAUCAAGUACGGUGGAUAUGGUCGUAGGCCUAAUCCUAAAAAAUGUGACUGACACUCCUCUGGUGGUUCUGUCAUCUACAAAGGACUUACAUCGGACACCGGGAAGAUCUCAUACAACUCUAACUUCUAUGACAACCAAAGAGAAAGUACGUAGUACAACAAAAGUUUUAAGUGCUACUGAGAUGGAAUCAGAAGCUACAGUUUUGAACUCCCCAAAUCAGGUAACCUUAGCUUCUACAGAAAGCAAUCGUGAUACCAGUACGGUGACAGUGAAUGGGCUUUCUGGUAUACCGACAAUCCCACAGGAAGUGCAGACCACAACCACUCCAAGAACAAGCUCACAGGAAGGGCAGAUCGCGGCCAUUCCAAGCACAAUCUCACAGGAAGAGCAGACCUCGGCCAUUCCAAGCACAGUCUCACAGAGAGUACAGACCUCGGCCAUUCUAAGCACAAUCCCACAGGAAGAGCAGACCUCGACCAUGCCAAGCACAAUCAUACAGGAAGUGCAGACCUCGGCCAUUCCAAGCACAAUCCCACAGAAAGUGCAGACCUCGGCCAUUCCAAGCACAAUCCCACAGGAAGAGCAGACCUCGCCCAUUCCAAACACAAUCCCACCGGAAGAGCAGACCUCGGCCAUCCCAAGUAUUAUUCCUCAGGAAGAUCAGACUUCGGCCAUUCCAAGCACAAUCCCACAGGUAGAGCAGACCUCGGCCGUUCCAAACACAAUCCCACCGGAAGAGCAGACCUCGACCAUUCCAAGCAUUAUUCCUCAGGAAGAGCAGACCUCGGCCAUGCCAAGCACAAUCAUACAGGAAGCGCAGACCUCGGCCAUUCUAAGCACAAUCCCACAGAUAGAUCAGACCUCGGCCAUGCCAAGCACAAUCAUACAGGAAGCGCAGACGUCGGCCAUUCCAAGCACAAUCCCACAUGGAGAGCAGACCUCGGCCAUUCCAAACACAAUCCCACCGGAAGAGCAGACCUCGGCCAUUCCAAGUAUUAUUCCUCAGGAAGAUCAGACUUCGACCGUUCCAAGCACAAUCCCACAGGUAGAGCAGACCCCGGCCGUUCCAAACACAAUCCCACCGGAAGAGCAGACCUCGGCCAUUCCAAGCACAAUCCCAAAGGAAGAGCAGACCUCGGCCAUUUCAAGCACAAACCCGCAGGUAGAAAAUACCUCAUCGGCCAUUCUAAGCUCCACGUCACACUCGACUCCCUCGGAAAAAGUAUUCACUACACGUGCAACCAGAAGGUCAGUCAGCCGCAAAUUUCGUUUGUUUGCAACAGACGCUGUGCUGCUGGAAGCAACAAAUUCUUUACCCAUCUCAACUCAUUCCACUUUGAGGUGUGCGAGUUUCUGCAUCUCAUCGGAGAGCUGUUCUUAUUUUUCCUACACACCGUCGUCAUCAAAGUGCAUUCUGGGAUACAACAUUGCUGAUAAUUCGAACACUUUUAUUGGCGAAAGUGGCUCUGUGAUAUAUGCUGUCUUUUGAUAUCCAUUCCCAUUUUAGACAUUGUAACAGUAAAACAUGAAUACUUACCUUGUCACUACCAAACAAAGGAAUGGCAGUAUUUAACUACAUUUGAAAUACUACAAGUAACUCUAAGACCUAGACUUAUCGCCCUUUCACACCGUGAAUUUUUUUUCGUAAUUUCAGUGAUAAUUCCAGUGAAAAAUAAGGCUAAUGACGAAUGUUUAACAUGUGUGAAACCAAACUAGAACAUGAUUAUAAUCACGAACGCUAAUCUAUGGAAGCUUAAAAGUGCCACCGAGAUGUUGAGAUAAUUAUCUUGGGAAG